AUGUCGGAACGUAUAGAACUGCCGCCGAGGAUGUUUGCCGCCGGUGAGGAGCAUGUUGGGAUUAGGACUGCUGUCGAUUGCAUAAUACCUGAUGAUGGUGAAGAAGAAUUGGAUGAAACAGUGCUAGGAUGGCCCGGCGAGAUAAAAGAUUCUAAGGUUGAUAACAUGAUGCGUCUUAUCAAUGAGGAGAAAACUUUUUGUAGCUCAAUGUUUAUUGGUGGCGCUACUAAGGCUGAUGUUGUUCGUAUAAUCAAAGAGGCUAAAGAGAAAAACGCCUAA